AUGGCAAGUGGACUACGAGACCACUGGCGCCAUAAUAUCGCGACAUUCCGCUCCCAGCCGCUUGCCGAAAUCUCCGGUUCGUUAGGUGACUUGGGCACAUUUCUCCCGAUUGUCAUCGCCUUGUCGUCGCACAAUCAGAUCUCUCUAUCGACGACUCUCAUCCUCACGGGUUUCUACAAUGUCAUCACCGGCGUUCUGUUCAGCAUUCCUCUCCCGGUCCAGCCGAUGAAAGCUAUCGCCGCAGUCGCCCUGCUCAAGAACUUGUCUGCUUCCGAAGUAGCGGCAGCAGGCCUCUUCGUCAGCCUUUGUGUACUCAUCCUGAGCCUCAGUGGACUUCUGGAAUGGAUCAAUAAUCUCACGCCGAUACCAAUUGUCAAAGGCAUACAGGUCGGUGCGGGUCUCAGUCUGACCAUUGCAGCAGGCACUCAGGCAACUGCGCACCUCACCUGGCUUGGGCCCAGCUGGGCUGACAACUAUUUCUGGCUGAUAUCCAUAUUCGUCGCUUUGACUGUCAUCACAGCGCUCGUUCCUCGGCUUCCGUUCGCGCUGAUUGUGUUCGUACUGGGCAUAUGCUUCACCAUAAUCUGCAUCCUGACCACUGCUGAAGCUCGUCUCCCUACACCGAGUCUAUGGCAUCCAUCUACACAAGUACCUUCGCUCUCCGCUUUCCGAGGCGGCAUUCUGUCUGCAGGUCUGGGCCAACUACCACUUACCACUCUGAACUCCAUCAUUGCAGUGGUUCAUCUUGCGUCGAGUUUGAUGCCUGAGCGGCCGACUCCGUCCGCAACCGCUAUUGGCAUCUCUGUGGCUUCGAUGAACCUCAUAGGAUGCUGGUUCGGCGCCAUGCCUGCAUGUCAUGGGAGUGGAGGCUGGCCGCCCAACAUCGUUUUGGAGCGCGCUCCGCAGUUUCCCAUCAGCAUUCUAACGGUCAUGAUCAUUGCCGCUGGUCUAGAGCUGGCCAGUGUCGGCGAAAGCUUGAAUACGGACAAGGCCAAGGAUCUACAGCAGAAAGACGGCAGCCAUUCCGGUCAGCGAGUCUCAUUGACCGAUCAACAGAAGCAGCAGAGAUGGACAGUUAUGCUCGUCACGGCGGGCGUGCUGGUCGCUUUCAAGAACGACGGCAUAGGCUUCAUUGCCGGUCUGAUUUGCCACUGGUCCCAACGGCUCGAAGCACAAGUGCGCCGCAAGCGGAACAAGAGCGAUUCUGCUCGAGCGGAUGACGGCGAACGCCAACCGUUGUUGUCGUAG